AUGAGGAGCUUUGAAAAAGACUCUUCUUGCUGGUUGACAUGUAAUAAGACUGUUGGAAAAAUGAAUGUCUUAAGAGGGCUUUUCACCAAAAGCUGGUCAUCUGAUACUCGUUUCGAUGGAAAAACAGCUAUAGUGACUGGAGCAAACACCGGGAUUGGGAAAGAAACAGCUAAGGAUCUGGCAAGACGGGGUGCACGGGUGAUCCUGGCCUGCAGAGACCUGCUGAAGGCCGAACAGGCGGCUGGUGACAUCAGCAGAGACGUGGAGAACGCAGACGUGGUGGUUCGGAAACUAGACCUGGCCGACAUCAAAUCCAUCUGUGAUUUUGCUGAACUGAUUUACAACACUGAAAAGUCUCUUCAUUUGCUGGUUAACAACGCUGGCGUAGCAAUCUGUCCAUAUUCAACAACAGCUGACGGUUUUGAGACACAGUUCGGAGUCAAUCAUUUAGGACAUUUCUUUCUUACAUUCCUCCUUAUGGAUCUGUUGAAGCAUUCAGCUCCUUCUAGAGUGAUUAAUGUCUCCUCAUUGGCCCACCACAUGGGAAAGAUCCACUUUGAGGACCUGAACAGUGAGAAAAACUAUCAUCCCGUGAAGGCCUACGUACAGAGCAAACUGGCCAACAUACUUUUCACGCGAGAGCUCGCCACGAGAGCGGAAGAGAUGGGAGUGAGUGUUUAUGCUGUGGAUCCAGGCCUAGUAAAGACAGACAUCAUCAGGCAUUUGAAUAAGCCUCUCCAGUUCUUUGUGAAGACAUUUGGUUUUCUGAUAAAAACCCCUGCGGAGGGUGCAUAUACCACCCUGUACUGUGCCCUCACCCCUGACCUGCCAACUGGAACCUACUACAGUAACUGUGCCAUGGCUCCAUGCUCCAGGGCGGCUAAUGACGACAACACUGCUAGCAGACUCUGGGCUGUCAGCUGCCACCUGCUGGGAAUUCGCUGGAAAUGAGAUUUUAUGACUUCAACCACAGAAUUAUAUCAUAAUAAUGGCUAUUUUUUAUGAUUUAUUAUGACUCAGUUUUGACAGUGGCCCAGCUAAGCCCUCACCGUCUUCCUGUGUUUUACAAAUGUAGUUCUAUUCUUGCUGUUUGCAUUGACUCAGAAAUACUUUGAAAGUUACUGUGAUUUCUGGAAAAUGCUGCGUAACUUCUGCGUAACCUGUUUUCUUGGAAAAAAGAAGAAAGUCAAAAUGAGUUGUCAUUUGAAAACGAAAUAAAAUCAGCAGAGCUCAAA